AUGGUGAUGAUGGUGAUGAUGAUGAUGAUGAUGAUGGUGAUGGCGGGGGGCUCGGCCCCCUCAGCCCCGCUGGGCGCCUUGGUCUCCCCCAGCGGAGCUACAGUUGCUAAAGUGAUUGACAAAUUUGAGGAUGAAACUGCAGAUGACAUUUUUCCUGUUGGUAAUAUACGGAAGAAAGCUUCAGCCUCUCUCUUGGAAGCUGAUAAAAGGUACAGUGGAAAAGCUACAUCUCGCAAAGCUUUGCAAGAAGAACUCUGGGGAGAUGCUCUGUCUGAAGAAGGAUCUGCUGAAGAAGCAUCAGAUGAAUGGUACAGCAGCAGUGAAGAUUCAGAAGAGAAUGGCAGCUUAGGCACUAAAACAAAGGAGAAACCCAGCAGUGCUGGCAGUGACCAGGAGGAUGACUUCAAAGAUGACGAAGAGACAGAUCCGUCUGUCAAGGCCAAGGCAUCGAAGUUCAGUUUCCAGAAUAUCACCGACUUUGAGAAAUUUACAGAGGGGAUGGAUGAUGUAGGAAGCAGUGAAGGGGAAGAUGAAGAUGAUGCCAGCAUGGAAGAAGGAGAUGAGGAGGAGGAGGAAUAUGGGAGUGAAAACCAUGACAAUAUAAAGGAAACCAAAGACAGCGAAGAUGAUGGGGGGAUGAUGACAUUCUCAAAAGGACAAGAGGCUGAAGAAGUAGAAAAAGGAAAAGCUGUGAAGAACCAGCUAGCACUGUGGGAUCAACUAUUGGAAGGGAGAAUCAAGAUGCAGAAGGCGCUCGUAACAGCCAACCGGCUUCCACAGCCAGACACUUACCCAAUCUUCAGAAAGGAAGGUGGACAAGAAUUUGACAACGCUGUCGAGAACUGUUGUAAAGCCCUGGAGGCAUUGCUGAAAGUACUAGUGGACCUUCAGGAUGAGCUGCUUUAUCAAUACCCAGGCACGAGGCAUCUGGUGGAUGGAAAGCAAUCAAAAACUGAGAGUGAUGAUGAAAUCCCUAGCAGUAGCGAUGAAGAGCAAGUGGAUAAGGCUCAGGAGAAGAAGAGGAGCCUCCCCAAACGAAAGCUAAAGAUGGAGGACUAUCCAGAAUUCAUAGCCAAGCGGUAUGCUGACUUCAGGACGUAUUGGAACAACGUCUUGCAGAAGUGGCAUGAUAAGACAAAGCUGGCAUCUGGCAAAAUGGGAAAGGGUUUCGGUGCCUUUGAGCGUUCAAUCUUGACUCAGAUUGAUCAUAUUAUGAUGGACAAAGAGAGAUUACUACGACGGACACAGACCAAGCGAUCAGUGUAUACAGUGCUGGGAAAGCAGGAACAGGAAUCUCAUCCGGUCCCUGAAUCUUUGCCUGAAAAUUCGGAAGUCCUCCCUCAGUCAGAUUCCAACAGGCACCUGAAGGACAUAGAUGAGGAGAUAUUUGAUGAUGAUGACUUUUAUCACCAGCUCCUUCGAGAACUUAUAGAACGUAAAACCACUUCAUUGGACCCCAAUGACCAGGUAGCAAUGGGCAGGCAAUGGCUGGCCAUCCAGAAGUUACGAAGCAAAAUAAAGAAGAAAGUGGACAGAAAAGCCAGUAAAGGAAGGAGAAUCCGGUAUCAUGUCCAUAGCAAGCUGGUGAGCUUCAUGGCACCUAUUGACCACUGUACAAUGAAUGAUGAUGCCAGGACGGAGCUUUAUCGUUCACUGUUUGGAAAACUAACAAGUCCCGAAGAACCGGCGCAGAAUUAGCAUCAGCCCUUUGCACCAGGAUUGACUGUGCCAGAUUGACCGUGCCGGCAGGCUCCGCACCGCGCACCCCCCGGCCUGGCCAGCGCGUGGGGGUUCCGCUCCCUGCGCUUGUGUGGUCACUUACAACUGCCCGGGAGCACCCAGAGCAAGGUCUCUCCAGCUGCUGGUUUGUUCCCAAAAACCUCACUGAAGGAACAUCAAAUACGGUUACUGCUAAAUCACGCAGGCUCAGAAAGAA